CUAGCACUUAGUUGGUCUCACACGUUUGGCAGAGAGGGCUACUUGCACAAAAAUAAGAACGCCACAUUUAUCUCGGCUAAGGAUGCCAGGCACAUGUAGUGCUCUUGUUUUUUAGUAAUGAUCAAACACCAGUAGAUAGCAAGACGUCAAUUUUGGUGAUAAGUGGUUCGUAUCAAGUUUGGGUAAGUUGCUUGGCAAGCAAUGCUUGCGGUCGUAGUCCCAUACAUAUAUAUAUAUAUAGAGCUUGAUCGCUGCUGCGGCGUUCAGGACAUCAUAAUGGUGCUUCCAACGAGUUGAGGGCAUAAGAAGACCAGCGAACAACGAGGUGGCACGCCACUGACUAAAAACAAUUUUUUCUCGAACACGAAGUCAUUGUGAAUUCCAAGGAUGGUAAACUCGGAAGCAGAAAAUAGCCCAGAAGCACCUCUGGAUCAGGCAACUCGACAGGAGCUUCUAUCUUUGAGAGGAAAGGACGCCAAAUUCGAUGGUCCAACAGAGGAAGUUGAGCGGAUCAUUCGCGUGCAGAAGAAUUUCUAUGCAGUUCUCAAGGUGAAGAAAGACACGCCACCCAAUGAGAUCCGGGUCAACUACUUCAAGGCGUCCAGGCUGGUGCACCCGGACAAGUGCUCGCACCCGCAGGCCAAGGACGCCUCCGCCAUAGUCAACCAGGCCUACGACACACUCUCCACCUCAGUCAAAAAAGUCCUCUACGACAGGUAUGUUGACGAUGCCGGGGACUUGGACGCGCCGGACGGGGUUUCAUAUGCAGAUUGGGAAGCGCAGCAGGCGGUGAAUGUGCAGAUACCGGCCUGGAUGGAAGCAGUGCUGCGCAUCCCUGGGGGCGGCAUCUGCUUGCUCAUCAUCCUGCUGCCUGUCACGUUGCUGCUGGUUCUCCUGUGCCUUGUGCUGUUUAUCAUCUGCCUGCCGGUGCGCCUGGUGCUGGGGCUCUGCUGCGGCGUCAAGCUGCAGCCGCCGCAGAGGGAACGGCCUGAAGACGGGUCCGAGCUCGAUCGGGACGAAGACCCCGUGAUCAUAAACAUUCCCCCGGACGUCGUCGUCGACCGCCCCGGAAGCUCCGCCGCGCCGCAGGAAUGCAUCAACGCGAUGUCAUCAGAUUCGGCUGCAGACUUCCUUUCGAAGAUCCACUGGUUUGAUGGCCUCACCAUUGCCACGGCACAACUGACAGCCUUGGACGCCUCGCAAUUCUCCAAUGUCCUUACGCCAGAUAGGAUAGCUUUGGGGGUCAUCAGCCUUAUCCUCAGCGUCCUGUACCUCCUCAAGGCACAGGACGCUGGCAGCAUCAGCUCCCAACUGGCAGAAGCAACCAGCCGCUCACAGGCAGCCGAUGAGGCCCUCCGCACCAGCAACAAAGAAAAGGAGUUGCUGCAGCGGGAGCUCUCAUCAGCGCAAGAGGAGGCAAAAGAUCUGGGGAGGAGCCUGGCAGAGGCGUCUGAGAGCUACACGCGAGCGGCCGAGGCACUGGGCGACAGCCAGAAGUGCGUGCAACGGCUGACGUCCACCCUGGAAGGGGUCAGUGACGCGCGCGAACAGCUGGAAGCUUCCCUGCAGUCUGCCAAGGAGCGGGAGCAUGAGGUGACUCAGCAGCUGGCGACCACGGCUGGCAGCGUUGUGUCACUCAAAGCGCAGGCGGCGGCCGCUGCGGCGGAAACCGGCGCGCUGCAGAGGGAGCUGCAGAGCGUGAAGCAGGACUAUAGAGUCAUGGCCCUCAAGCUGGAGGACAAGAUUGACGCGCUGACAGAGGAGGUGAAAGGGAGGGACAGGCAGCUGGCCGAGGCACGGGAAGCAGCCGCGAAGCUGUCGGCGAAGGAGCAUCAGCUGGGCCAGCAGCUGGCAAAGACUGAGAAGCUACUGAAGAAUUCCCAGGCCGAGGCGGCGAAUCUGCUGGUGGAGCUGAGGGCGGCGGAAGAGGCGCAGGGAACGCAGCGCGAGACUGUGGCCGCCCUGGAAGCUGCCCUGAAGGAGGCGCGCGAGCGCGGGGCGGCAGCUGUUGCGCAGCUGGCGGCUGAACGCGAGUCGGCCGCCACCCUCGAGAAGGCGCGCGCGGCCGCCGUGCAGGAUGCGCGUGAGCUGCUGGCUGAGAUUCGGGAGCUCACGUUUGCAUUGGAAGAGUCCAACGCGGCCGCCCAGCAACUGCAGACGGAGCUGACCGCAGCGCAGGAGGAGGCGAAGGGGCUGGUAAGGGAUCUCGAGGAUGGAGCAGCGGACCGGGCGCGGCUGCAGUCCGAGGCGGAUGCAGCAAUACGCGUCGCGCGCGAGCUCAAGUCUGCAUUGGAGGAGUCCAACACAGCCGCUGAGCACCUGCACACCGAGCUGGCCCUUGCCCAGGAGGAGGCUGCCGGGCUGGCAAGAGAUUUGGAGGACGCUGCGGCGGAUCGGACGCGGCUGCAGUCGGAGGUGGAUGCGGCGGUGCAGGACGCGCGAGAGGCGCUGGGCCGCGAGUCAGACAUCCAGGAGCAGCUGCAGCGGGCAGACCAGGUGAAUGAGGAUCUGCAGGCGAAGCUGGCGGAGGCUGAGAAGGGUGCACUGGUGGCGCAGUCCCAGGCACUACAGCUAUCAGAAGCCGAGCACAAGGUGCUGAUGCUGGGGGAUGAGCUGGAGAGCAGUAAGAGGGAGGCCAAGAGCGACAUCAGGCGCCUCUCAGUGGAGCUGCAAGGCCUGCGCGACCACCAGGCAGCCCUCUCAAGCCAGGCAGCAAAGAUGAACGGGGUGGUGUACAUAGUCAGCAUCGUGCUCACUGUAUAUUGGGUCUUGCUUGGAUCUGACGAGUGUAACAAGAGCUGCACAAUGUGUCAAGGGAGCGCUCUUGAGAAGUGGUCUGUUGCACCACAGGAUGAGUUGGCGGCUCGGUCAGAGGCUGCAACAGAGCUGCAGGAAGCUCAGGCGGCGAUCAGCCGUCUCAAUGCGGCGCUUGCAGACGCUCAGAAAGCCGCCAACGGCAGCUUGGCCCGGGGCAAGGGGCGUGCCAGCGGCGGCAAGGCGAAAGCGCAGGCGGCUCCGGUUGAUCAGGUGAUCACCUCGCCAGAGCCCAUAGAUGGAGAGGCCCUGGCUGCGGCUGCGAUGGUCUCGGCGGCCAACAGGCGAGCGAUAGAGGUGCGCGCAGAGGCGGCCAUGCUCGUCGAGGCCGUCGAAGACCGCGCCGCAUCGGUAGUGCAGGAGGCUCAGGAAGAGGCGGCCAGGCACGCUGCAGAGGUGGAGCGCCUGAAGCAGGAACUGGCGCGCACCGCUGCCGAGCAGUGA